AUGGCCGUACUGUACUGGUGUUGACAAGUUCUUCAAACCCAAAGUUGUGAACAGUACAGAUAAAAAGGAAAACUGAUAAGAGAAUCAGAGAUGCUUCUUGCUUCUUCAAUGGCCUUCAAAGUGGCAUAAUCACACAACUUCAAACUUCAAUAUCCUUUGUGGUCACAGAAUCUACAAAAGAGAAAACUCAUCAGAGAGAGAGAUGAAAGCAAAGGUGGAUGAUGAUGAUGAUGAACAACCUGUUUUGGCAAAUGAGAAUUCUUCUUCCAAUUUUCAUGAUAAUCCAAUGUCUGUAGAUUCAUUCAUUGAUGAUUUGUGGAAGAAUGCCAGGACAUGUACUCACACUCACACUUGUAAUCCACCUGGUCCUGACUCAGCUCACACACAUACUUGUUACCAUACUCACACUCAAGUACUUGCAUCUGAAGAAGAUGAUGAUCCCACAACCAAGAAAUCAAGAAAGUCUUCAGGCAACCGAGAAGCUGUUCGAAAGUAUAGGGAGAAAAAGAAGGCUCAUGCUGCUUAUUUAGAGGAGGAAGUUAAGAAAUUGCGAAUGGUAAACCAACAAUUAGUUAAGAAAUUGCAGAGGCAAACUGUUCUUGAAGCCGAAGUCAUGCGGUUGAGAAGUAUUUUGAUUGAUCUUAGAGGAAAGAUCGAUAGCGAAUUGGGUUCUUUCCCCUUUCAAAAGUUAUGUAACACCACUAGUUUCUUUAAGGAAGGUGAUUGUGGUGAGCUGCAGCCUUCUAAUGGAGUACUCGGCCUACAAUGUGAGACCGAUUCGCCAUGUUUUCAUUCACAUGUUGGAUCUUCCUCUCAGGUUAAUAAUGCUAUUGUGAAUAAUUGUCAAAUGGUUGCACCAUGGAAAGAGAAUUGUCAAGCCAAUAUAAAUGAGAUUUCAAUUUCUAGUGCUGAUACACAAGCCAUGGAUGCAACACAACCAGAGUGAUUAACAAAAGAGAUAUCUUUUGUAAGUUUCUUGUAUCUUAAAACAUAGCACUGCAUAUCAGUAUAUGAACUAUAUGCAACAACCAUAUUGUAUAGUAUAAUCAAUAUAUAUCCUCUUAUAGUUUGACUUACACAUAGAAGAACAACACAUAUACACUUUGCUUUUUGAUAGAUACUAUUGUUCUCUUCCUUUGUAUAAUAACUUCUGUAAAUUACCCAAAAGAUCUUUGUGAGAAUUGAUUGUAAUCUAGUUGCUUGUCA